AUGGCCGCAAUGAGCUACGAUAACAGCAUGUUCGCAACCACGGUGAGCCCAGUCGAUGAGCUCUUCGCACCAAGCUCUCCCACCACAAGCGAGUGGCACGAAGAAGGCAUUGAUGAUGGCUACGAGGCCGACGACGAGUCCAUUGCCGGCACACGACCCACCCCUACCAACAAUGCCAGUGGUCAGGAGGAUAGAUCAUACUGGCGACCCAAUCAAUACACACGGGCAGGCGCGUAUGAAUCGGUCUACGGUAUCCCACGAGCAAAUCCAGAGCUUGAUCCAGAGAGACCUUGGUGGGAAAUGCUUCCCGAUGCCGAGAUGCAUCGCACGAUCACCGCAGCUAUCCAACAUGAGACAUCCUUUGAUCAGCUUCCACCUGACCUCGGAGUCUGGAUGCUCAGAUCGCUUCCUGCUGACAUUCUCGGGUGUUUUGAUAUGCGAGUUCGCCACGAGCGAGUGAGCGCUACACCACCAACGGCAUCUAUACUUACUCCCACAAAUCGACCCAUCUUCGACCCCGACAUGAUCAAAGGAAUCUACUGGGCUACUAUUGCCCACAGCGGCUGGCCAUUCGACGAGCUUUCUAAGGGUACGAGACACUGGGCCGGCAAGUUCGUCCUCAGCAUGACAGAAGUCUCCCGGACGAGCAUAGCCUUACGGAAAGUAACCUCGACUGGAACUUUGUCGGACAAGGCGAGCAUGUACCGCGUCCUUACAGGUUCGGAACAGAGCUCGCAGAACAGCAGUUCGGAGAUGACGCUGACGCUUUCUUUGCAGAACAAGACAUUCAGGAUGGGGAUCGUGGCCGAGCUUCCUCAGACGCCGAACCGAUCGAGAGCGAUGCCGACUAUUUCUUCGCAAACCAAGACUCUCAACGGGACGAUCAUGGCCAGGCUGCUGCAGAAGCCGAACGAUCGUGACUGGGCAGCGGUGGAAGCCGAACAGUUUGAUGAUGAUGAUGAUGAUGCCUUUUUCGCAGACAACCAGCCUGAUGAACAGUACGAGAACAUCAUUGCCGAAGCCCCACUUCCAAUGGCACCGCCGAACUCACCACGAGCAGAUGCCAUGGACCUCAGCAUGAUCCUCGCUCUUCACGAAGUCGUUCUAGGGAACACACCCUUCCAGCAGCUUCCCCAACAGGUAAGAGACUGGACAAUUGCUGUUGUACCACGCGACAUCAUCGAACAUCUCGAAGAUCGAGCGGUGGAUCCUGCUAACAUCUUUCCGCCAGCUCCGCCCACGCCUGUGCUCGCCCCUCAGCCCGAUGACGACGAUGAGCCUGACUAUAUUUCCGUCGAGGAGAUGUCUGAGGACGAAGCAGACCAUGGAGGAGCCGUCACUGGCCCUAUCUGGCACUUCCUAAUUUGGUUUCGACGACGAAUUUCUCGACUUCCCGGCCGAGGAAGAAAUCCACCCCACCUGGCCUAG